UACCAUAUCCGGUCUAGGCACCAGAGUAUGGAAUAUUGGGGCUAUAAUAUUGUUGAUAGGAUGCUCCUAGAUUCUUGAUUGGCUGUCAACCAUAGUAAACCAACACCAACACCAACAACACUAUUAUCACAAACAGCAAGAGAGCUUCUUUGGAGUCACUUGACAUCUGAGAAAUAGUGACCUAAAUCUCCCUCAAAUCAUAUCUUAUCAUCUCCAAUAAGAAAAGAACAUAUUGAAUAAAAUACCACAAAAAAAAGACAGGAUAGUCAUAGCUGGGAAGCUUUUGAUGAUGAGACUUAAAUUCAGAGAGUUGACCUGAAGUUAAAUAGCACCACCAUUGCCUACCAUCACAAGUACUAACAGGUCGUCACUACCAGCAAGAACAUCAUUAUCCCAACUCCACUGCCACCAUCACUACUAUUACUGCCACCACUACCACCGACCACAAUCACAGAUUUAUCAUCGCAUCUAAAAGCACCACCCUUUUAACGCUGUUACUAUCUAUAAUAAUAACUACAAUACUGAUGCAGUGCUUCUUAAAAGCUGAUGGAGAUGUGAGAACCAUCGCUAUUCAACCGUACAAUUAAUAGCAACAGCAACAAUGUAUACAAAAGCGUCUCUCUUGUGGAUUUCAUCAAACAACAACAGGCUGACAUGGGUAACCAUGGUCAGCUCACUCAAGAAAAACUGCAAGACCUGCUGACCACUCAUUUGGUUCAGCAGUUCCUACAGAUGAGGCAGUCAACAAAUGAACAAACGAAGCCAGCUGACUUGGUGGAAGAUGUACACAAUGCCAAUAAAACUGCUGCUGAGGUGUCACUUAAAGAUAAUGUCAAGAAAGUUGAAUUACCUGAUUCUCUCGAUAACGCAACAAAAUUGCUCAAUGAAUACCAACUGGAUGAAUCUGAGCACAUGUUCUUGCGUCUGCAUCAACAGGCAUUAUGUAGUCCAGAUGACCAACGUCAAUCCCUGGUAAAUGUACUUGUAAAUCUUGCUGAAAUAUGUUUACGUCGCAGCCGCAGAUGUCGAGACAAUCCGAUGGAGAAGCAGUGGCUUUACACUCAUACCAUUGCCCUCCUACAAAAUGCAUCAGAAAUUUGUGAUAAAGCUAUUCGUGGUGAAGAUGGUGAAACAUGUGACACAGCUUGGUUUGAGCAACAACAGUUAUCCAUUUCAACAAAACUAAGGCCAGUUGAAGAUAACCAAAGCCGUAUUCUUUAUAACUGGCUGAAGAAUGAAGAAAAGAUGAUUGAGACACUUCGGCCAUUAUUUGCUUCAACACCAUCAAUUCAGACAAAGAAUUUCCCCUUGACACCAAGCAUGCCUCGUCAGAACCUGUUUCCUGGGAUGCCAUGUUUUGUUUCAAAUGAGGCAAAGUCAGACAAGGAUAACUUUGCUGAAAGGUUACGAUGGCUUACAAAAUUUUGGCGGUACUGCCGAGAUCGCUUACAUAACAAAAACUUCAAAGAAAUUGUUGAGCGACUCUCUGAGAAAGUUGAAGAAGAAAUGAACAACUUUGAAUCACCAAUUUCUCCAGUUAACGAAAAUAACAACAACGAGAAAGAAUUUGAAGAUGUCUUCUACCUUGAUGUUGAGGAAGUACGGGACAUAGGAAAUAUUAAAGAGCUUUCAGAUGUUAACUCUCCUGUCCGCCAGUAUUCCCUAUCAUACGAGCUCGCCUCUAGUGAUGUCAAUGUUGAGGGAUGGGACUUCUUUUUGGAAGAGCGUAAAAAUUACAAGUUUGACACAGUUAUCCAGAUGUCGCCACAUGUGAAGUCUCAAAAUAAUGACUGUGAGUUUAUUAUAGACACUGAACUUUCUGAUGAGAAGCAAAGGUUGGCUGAUAUGUCUGAACUGAUUUCUCCCUUGCAUGAACACAGCAUUAGUCUCACUAUUGUACGUUCUUUAAUCAAACUUGCAGAGAGAUUAGCAAAAGAGGAAGACUUUACUAAAGCUGAAGCACUAUAUGAACAGAUUUAUAUUAUUCUCUUUGAAAUUCAAGAUUCCAGUGUGUCUGUGAUGAAGUUAAAGGCUAAUGUAAUGAAAAAUUUAGGUAUGUUGAAAUGCAAACUCAGCAAAGGAGAAGUUGGACUGAAAAUGCUCAAGAAAGGGUUACAAAUGUGCCGUGAACUUGGGGAGGAUGGAGUUAACAGUGAAGUGUCUGUUCUAAUGUUUGAACUUGGAAAUGGGUAUAUUGUUGAGAAGUGGAAUGAUGAGUCGUUCUUUGACAAUAUCAUUGCAGUGAUUGCUGAGUCUUUUGAAAAAGAAUUCUCUGAUCCUGAUAAUGAAACCUCAUCGAGUCAGACUUCUCAAACUGAAAAUAAUAAUGAAAGUAUGAAUGAAAGUACAAAGAUGGAUGAUAAAAAUGUCAAAGAAGCAAUGUCUUGUUUUGAGGAAGCAAUAAGUAUACUAGAUGAGAUACCUCAGCGUGAUGAGAAACAAACAGAUGUCCUUGCCAAAUCCUAUCUCAAACUUGGGGAUUGCCAUUUUAUGAUGAAAGAAUUCAAUGAAGCACUCAUUUGUUUCGAAAAAUCAUGGACCCUUUUCAAUUCUCGUGGUCAAUCAGCUGGGAGAGCACUGUUUUUAGAGAAUGCCCAUGUUUUGCUUAUGUUAGGCGUUUCGAGUUUCAUGCUACAUGUCUACCCACGCACUGUCUCUGUGUUUGAACUGGCCUAUAGAAUGCUUAGGUAUGCGUAUGGAUUGUCGGGACAAAAUUUUUUUGUUGGCCUGAUUCUUUCAUUACUUGGAAUAACGUACUACAAAUUGAAAUAUUACCACAAAUGUGUGUCUGUUUGUUUUCAAGCUUUUGAAAUUUUCUCUAACCUUUAUCAAAAUACAUUGUCUACUCUUCCAAAACAUAAGUUCUGGUUGGUUUGCCAGACAUUAUAUGUCCUUGGAAACUCAUAUAAUGUGCUUAAUUUACAACACAAAGCCAUUAAAUACCUCUCUUUAGGCAGGUCAUUAAUGUUGUCCACAGAUUCUGCUGACAAAAGGCAACAUAUGAGAAUUUUACAGAUUCUAGGUGACUGUUAUUUUGCACAAUAUGACUACAAAACCUCACUUGAUUUCUACAAUGAAGCUCUCAUUCUUGCUGAUGACAAGGAUAAUCAGGAAGAUUUUGAUCCAAACCAGAGCUCUGAAGAUAUGGCCUUGCACAAUCAAUUGCUAAGCCGUUCUGCAGAUGCACAUAUUAGCAUGAGACAGUACCAGAAUGCUGUUCACUAUUUAGAACAAGCACGAGAUAUUCAGGAUAUUUUACAAGAAGAUAUUAAAGGUGACCUGGUCAGUACGUUAAAGCAACUUGGCCAAAUGCAUUCUGUAGCAGGGGAUGUUGAAAAGGCUAUUGAGUCCUAUAAUGAGUGUAUCGAAAUCUAUAAGGAAAUCCAUGGAAAACUUGAACCAGAAAUGUGUGAAACUCUUGGAAAUUUGGCUACAAUGUGCUAUGUGAAAGCUUGUAUUUGUGAAGACAUUGAACAAGAACUUGAGAUGAUUUUGAGAGCAGAGCAAUGCUUCCAAGAUGCUCUCACAAUGGAAAUGAAUCAUUGUGUUUGUGUAAAAUAUGCCAAUUUCUUGUACAGCCAAGGAAACUACGAUGAUGCUAUAUUAUAUUUAGAAGAUUGUUUGAAACUCCAAAUCCCAUUUCCAAACAUUGUGUAUGGUGGACUGGAGAAAGUAACUCUACCUGAACUUCUUCAAGAGGAGGUUGAUGCCCAGGAAGAAGUGGUACUUCCAGCAUCAUCUUUGGCAUAUUACUUACUAAUUCUUUGCAACCGGUUGAUGAAUUGUGCUGAUGGAGCAGAAAAGUAUAUCCUACUUCUCAUGGAAGAAGCAUACUUAUUUCAAGACCCUCUCCUUCAUUCCCUUCUAGGAUAUUCCCUUAUGGAGUUGUCUCUAUAUGAGGAAGCAGCCCUCUCUUUUUUUGAGGCAGCAAUAAUGCAACCAGAAUACUUCCUUGCAAUGGACAAUUACUGUAUCUGUUUAUGUCUUCUCGUUCUCACCACACUACAGCGAGCCAUUAUUACUAUGCUGAAAAGUGCUGGGGUAGAGUUUGAAGAAUAUUCAUAUGAUUGUAUCUCACCUUUCUCAAAUUGCCAGCUAACACCAAACUAUCUGGAAUUAUCAGAUACAGAACUACAAGACAUUUUCAACUAAUCCUGUGAUAUACAAUUUUUUGUUAACCUCUUAUUUAAUUUUUUUUUUUUAACUAUCAAUCUGCUCUGAUUCCCUCCAACAACAACAACAAAAACAAUUGUUGCCAGAUUAUUGCAAACUAAUUUUUGUAAAAUAUUGUGCCUGAAAUAUUUUUUUUUAAUCUGGCAGCUGAUGGCUCAUGUUGUAGGUACACUUGGAAUUUCAUUCUCAUAUUAUCAUGAUAUAUUUCCCUUUUCUCAAUUUUUUUUUCCCUUUAAAUAAAACAACAAAAACAAUUUUUUAUGCAUACAAUUGAAGUAAAUGGAAAAGAAAAUGGAAACUUCCUAAUAUAUAAAAAUUUCUCUCCAAACUUUAACAUGUUUUUGCAAUAAGUGUUUAGCUGUUUUCUUUAAUGGUAUAUGUUGUAUAAAUGGUUUACUGUUGUCCACCACUGAUUUUCUAGCAUCCUUGAUUCCAAAGCCUUGCUUUAUUUAUUAGACUAACAUAGCUUGCAUAUUUUCACAAUACAUUUAUGACUCUCUACUUAGACACAAGCUUUUUUUUUUUAUGCACUAUGGCUAACUAGAAACAUGUAUUUAAUAAUCACUAAUAUGAACUUGAUGAUUGAAUUAAAUACAAGAAGAUGAGUAUAGUUAUCUUGUAUUAACACUGACUAGAUUUAUGCUUCACAACACAGCUAAUUUGAGCAUUUAUAGCUAAGGUUAAGCAAAUUAAUUUAAGGACAUCUAGAAUCAAGGAAUCAUCAUUUACAAACAAUUAGAAUAUGUACUUUACACUAUAUCAUCAUUGGUUAAUCUGUAAAUGAAUCAAUGGUCUUGACAAUUCCAAAAAUGGUUUUGUGAUUUAGAGGUUCUGUACCAUCAGCUUCUGGAAAAUCAGUGAUGUACCCAUGUGUGUGUUAGUGUAGGAACCAAUGUGAAAACAGCUGGUUUUGUCAAGUGUGGUUAUGAUGUGAAUGUAUGAAAACAUCUAUUUGAGAGAGAAACAAAAAAUAAUUAUAUGGAUGUGUGUGUGCACGCGCAUAUAUGUAACUAUGAUUUUGUCUAAUGGUCAUGUAACUGGUAUAAAAUGCUCUAUACAUGCUAAUAUAUAUAGAACAUAGGGGAAUGUUAAACUUUAAAAGUAUGAAGUACUUUAUCACAAGAUUUCCAAUAUUUAACUAUCUCAACAUUUGUAUGCCUGUAUGAUUUUAUGUGUGUGUAUAUAUAUAUAUAUAUAUAUAUAUAUAUAUAUAUAUUACAUUUAUGUAUUUGUUUUGCAGGAUUCUUGAUGUGAAAUCUUAUGUUGAAACAGAUAUUGGUAUACUUGGGGAUGAUCAUCGUUUGCCCAUUAAACACAUGCACUAUUUAUUUUAUCUUCACUUUAGCUUUAUUAUUAUUAUUCAUUUGUCCGAAUUCUUUCAUCACACACAUUCUGUUAUCUCUUCAGAGACUUUCUGUCCCUCAUGUCUCCUCUUCUCUCUAGUCUUGUACUGCCUAUUCCAUUUUGUCUUUUUGCGAUAUGUAUUCCUAUCUAUGCAUGUAUAUGUGUAUUUGUGUGUGUCUUGUGUGCAUGUAUGUGGAUUUGUAUAUUACAUUGUUUGUACCCAUGGUUUUUAUUUAUAGGAAUGUAGUCUAUAGUUUAAGGUUUAGAGGGGGACAGCACAGAAAAAGGAUAAUGACGUACAUUGGAGAAACUGUGUGUACUCCCCCACUCCACCUCACUACAUAACCUGAUGACUAAAAACAAGAUGAGAAAAGAAAAAUAAAUAAAUAAGAGACAUGGGUAGAAACCCAUAUACAUGCACACACGCAUAAUAAACACAUAAACACACACAGAUAUAGAUGUAAAUGCAUGUGCAGAUAGGGCUACAUACCACAGAAAGACAAAAUAGAAUAGAUAGGACAAGACCAGAGAGAAGAGGAGAUAUAUGGGACAAAAUGUUGCUGAAGAGGUAACAGAAUGUGUAAUGAAAGAACUGAAAAAUAAUAAUUAUAACAAAGUGAAGAUCAAAUAAACAGUGUCUCAUUGGCAAAAGCUGAUCAUCCCCAAAUGUAACAACACACAUGUAUGUAUAUAUGAAUAUAUGUGUAUAUAUAUGUAUGUAUAUAUGAAUAUAUGUAUGUCUAUAUGUAUAUAUGCAUGUAUAUGUGUAUAUAUGUAUGCAUAUAUAUAUGUGGAUAUAUAUAUGCAUGUGUAAAUUUAUAUUAUACAUAUAUGUAUGUAAUAUAUAUAUAUAUAUAGUGAGAGAAAAAUGUUUUAAGUUUCCUCUUUCGAUAUAUACUGCUGCUUGAUUAUUAUAUUUUUUCUUUUUCAUUCUUUCUCUUUCACCCUCUCUUUCUCAUUCAAUUACGAUGUAUGUUUGUAAUGGGUAUUUACAUAUAGUUUAUGCAUACAUGUGUAAUGUAUGUAUGUGUAAAAAUGUACACGUAUUCAUUUAUACUACUUGUAAAUCUUGUAAAUAAAUACAUUUUGUGUAUGUGCACAUGUAUGCGUGUGUGUGUGUGAGUAUGUAUAUAUAUAUAUACCCUUAAGCAUGCAUCUGUAUGAAAUUUUGUGUGAAUGUCGAAAUGUUAUCUUUCAUAUUCAUCUUUUUUUUUCAAUAAAGUUUUGUAAAUUAAUAAAUCAAAAAUCUUAAGCCUACAUGAAUGCACAUGGUUUAUAUAUAAAGCAUAGUAACUUCUGUACAUAUUGCUAACACAACUGAAGAUGCUUGAUUUUACUAAAAACAAAUACUUUCUAAUGCAACCAUUCCAAAAAUUAACAAUUGAAUGAUAGAUUUACUUCAAUUCUCCAGGAAAAUUUGCUUAUUAUUUACUCUGGGCUAUGUGUAGAUUUUAUACAUACAUACAUAUAUGUAUGUGUGUGUGGGUAGAUGUAUGUUUAACAUGUAUCUGGAUGUAUGUUAAGCCAAGUGUAUGUAUGUCUCUAUAUAUAUUUAUGCAUAUACAUAUGUGUGCGUGUUUUUACAUAUAUGUAUAUAUAUAUAUAUAUGUAUAUAUAUAUAUAUAUAUAUAUAUAUAUAUAUAUAUAUAUAUAUAUAUAUAUAUAUAUAUAUAUACAUAUGUAUGUAUAUAUAUAUAUGUAUAUAUGUGUAUAUAUGUGUAUAUAUAUAUAUGUAUAUAUGUGUAUAUAUAUAUAUAUGUAUAUAUAUGUAUAUAUGUGUAUAUAUAUAUAUAUAUGUAUAUGCAUGUGUGUGUGUGUGUGUGUGUGUGUAUAUAUAUAUAUAUAUUAUGUACACAUGUAUGUGUCUGUGUUUAUAUUUAUACACAUAUAUGUACAUAUGUAUGUGUGUGUGUGUCUUGAUAUAUAUGUCUAUAUAUAUAUAAAUAUAACUCCUUUUUCUUUUAAGCCAAAACAAUAAAAGUUUAAAAAAAUACAGGUUGAUGGUUAGUAUUAUUAUCUGGUAUUUCAAUAUUUUAUGAUUAAGACUCUACUUAAUCCUGAAAUAUUGAAGUACCAGAUAAUAGAACUAACCAUCAACCUGUAUUUUUUAGUUGUUUAACUUGCAUUGUUUCGUGUUUUAAAAAAAUAUUUAAAAGAUUUAUAUAUAUGAGACAAUGCUUCAUAACAACUAUACUGUUUUAUAUAUAUAUAUAUAUAUAUAGAUAUAUAUAUAUAUAUAUAAACACACACACAAACAUAUAUAUAUAUAUUAGAGCAUCUGUGCAUGUGGUGAUUUUUAAUUUAUCCACAAGGAUGUUUAAAAACAUUUGCCUGGAUAAUAUCUUUAUAGGUUAUUUUGAAAUGAUUUACACCUCUCAGUCGUAAUGUCUUCUUCAUCUUCUGGUCGGAAAGGAAGGGAAAGAAAUUAUUUUCAAACAUGAGAUUCUAAGAGCUUACAAAAAUAUUUAAUGUACUUUGAAAGAACUAUAAUAGUACAUAUUACUCAGAAUAUUCUGUUUUUGCUAAUGCCCAUGCUUGUAAUAGGUAAAUAUACUUUACAGUGAUGAAGAUUGAAAUACUGAACACUUUUUAUAUCCCUUAACAUAUAUAAUAUAAGAUGUGUACACUGUGUGUUUAUGUGUCUAUGUGUUUAUAUAGAUAUACAUACACACACAUAUACAUACACCUUCUAUAUUUUAUAUAUGAUUUGACACGUGAAAACAGCUUCCCACUGGCAUAGGCUUCGAGCAAUGAACAAGCUAAUCACACCCAACAAGCUAAUCACACCCAACUGUGCGAUUUCAAGUUCAGCAUGUGUACAGCAGAUGAGAUCAGGAAAAAAAAAAAUGUUGAAACCCUCAACUGUACCAUACUGUCAUAGCUAUUCUUGCUUGCUUCCAUUGCUAGUAACUUUUUUGUUGAUAUGAAACUCAGCUUGUUUGGUAAAAUGGGAAAUAUGCCUGUAUAUGUGUGUGUAUGUAUUUAUAUAUUUGUGUGUAUAUAUAUAUAUACACACACAUAUGCAUGCAUAUAUAUAUAUAGAUAUGUAUAUACACACAUAUGCAUAUAUAUAUAUAUGUAUGAACACUGCACACAUGUAUAAAUACAUAUAUCUAUGUGUGUGUGUGUGUAAAUGCAUGUAUAAAAUCAUACACAACAUGUUCAAUAAACAUAUAUUUAAGUCAUGCUGUGAAAUUAUACAGUGAGCAAGAUUGUUUAGUAGUCAAACAUUGAAGAAUUGACUGACCUAUGUUUAAUAUUUUUAAGACUUAUCAAGGCCUUUCAACCUCAGCUCCCGGCUAAUGAAUUUGCAAAGAGUAACUCUUGUUUUGGAAAAAUAUAAACAACUUCUUACUCAUGUAAUGUUAUUUACAUUUAUAUGUUUAUUAAAUAUAUUGUAUAUGAUUUCAUAUACACAUUUAUUCAAAACAACUGUGUUGCUGCUUUUGUUAAUAUAUGUAUAUGUACACACACACAUGCGCACACAACACACUCACACACCUAUGUACACACAUUGUGCUUUAGGAAGGUCAUUCUGCCAAUAUCAAACACACUAGUUGCCAUUUGAUUUUUUUGAUUUUUUAGCAUUAAUCAAUCUGACAACUCUGGUUCUAGCCUUAAGUCCAACCUUCACUCCCUCAGUAACCAGUUUAAUUAAAACUAAUUCUAUAAACACGACUGACACUGAGGACAGUAAUACUGAUAACUACUUACACUCCCUCUUUUUUCAACUUCUGUGAUUGUCAUAUUAUAGGAAAUGCAUAGACCCUACUAACCUGCAAUUCAAUAACAGAUUCUGCAUCUCACCAUAUGCAGUUGAGGAAAGAGAAGCAAUAUUUACACUUGCUAGAAUGAAUUUAAACAAAUUUUAAGGCAUAUCAUCAUCAUCAUCGUUUAACAUCCGCUUUCCAUGCUAGCAUGGGUUGGACGAUUUGACUGAGGACUGGCGAACCAGAUGGCCGCACCAAGCUCCAAUCUGAUUUGGCAGAGUUUCUACAGCUGGAUGCCCUUCCUAACGCCAACCACUCCGAGAGUGUAGUGGGUGCUUUUACGUGCCACCGCCAUAUAUAUAUAACAGAGAAACAGAACGAUGGUAGCCCACCAACUUGAUAUUGAGGUUAUAAAUGAAUAUCUCCAGCAACUAUUAGUUGUCAUGUUUCAUGUCAGUGAUCAUACAUUCAUGAAUAGAGAUGUUUCCAAAUGUCUGCAGUGGCACUGAAGACUUUGGUAUAUUGACCAUUCAUACAAACUUGCAGAUUGCAUUAUAGGUAGCAUUGGUGUAGUAACCAUAUAUGCAACAAACGAUAUUGAUUUUACAGUAAAUAUGAGUGGAGAUAUGAUUUACAUUAGUGAUGUUAUCUUUCUCAAUGUCAAGACAUAGCCAACCUAUUCAUGGUAUGCCAGAAUAAGCAAUUCAGUUCCUAACAAAGAGAUCCAUAUCUGUGAUGAUGUACUCUCAAAAUGUAGAUGAUAUAUACCUUUUACUUAAAAUAAUGACACAAGCUGACAUCCAAAAAUUAGGAAAAAAUCACUAUGGAAAGCAUCCAACACAGAGAAAAUUUCAUCUCCAGAGCAUCAAGGUGACCAGUAGCUAUGCGUCCAAUCACCCCAACAAACAACUACUUUUUCUAGCUUCUAAACUAUGACUGGAAAUUAUUCAUGACAAAAAACAACUUCUCUUAUGUGAAAUCUGUAAACACUAACCACCUAGUCCAUGGGAGUUUCACUACAUUUACAAAUGUAAAAAUUAACAAAAUCAUUUCAGAAACAGUAAAGUGGGUGAUAAAUGCAUCCCAACUGCAUUAACCCUAAAAAAUGCAAAAGCAUACACAAGGUUUCAUUAGUACAUAUAGAAGAGUAUAGGAAAGGUUCAAAGCUUUCAGUAACAAUUAUACAAAUGGAGUGUGCCCCACAGAAUCGAAAAAAUAAAUAGACAAGACAGGCUAAUGGUAUAAUCAGAAAUUCCAAAUUGCAAUGUUUAUUGAAGCUAUUUCCAAGAGGUACUAGACCACAGCUUGAGAAGAAAACUGAAAAUUACAGUAACAAAAAAUAAAUGGCAGCUCCAUUUCAUCAUUAGUAAGUCAUAUCUAUUUAAAAAGCAAGACUUUGCAUCAACAACUGCAGAGUGUGCACAACCAACCCACAAAUAAACUGUAAACUAGGUGCAUGAAAGAGCAGUGCAAUGACACUCCAACCACAACCUAUAUAAGAGAAACAGCCCACAGUAUAAGCAAAAGAAUUGGUGAGCACUGGUGUGAAUAUGAUACAAAGUAACAUACUUUACUAACAUGCCAUUAAAAAAUAUAGACAACUAAACAAAGUUAAACAUUAUUUCUACAUUCAAAUGAUCGAAUAUUGUGAAACGUUACUGAAUUGAUAAUAUUACUGGACAAAGAAUGCAAACCUUCAAAAAUAGUAUACCAACACACUACCACCUCCUCUAUUACACAUACAUACACAACACACUACCACCUCCUCUAUUACACAUACAUACACAACACACACUCAUGUUAUAAAAAGCGAAAACAAAUAAAAUGAAAAUAAGAACAGAAACAAAGUACACGCACAUACAUGCACUCACAUAAACAUCACAUGCACAAAUGCUUGACAACAUACAAAUAACAAACGCAAGAAGAAAUAAAAAUCAGGUGCAGAAAUGGAAAUCAAGUUACUGAGAAGACCACAGAUAUAUGAUGAAAACUUUUGAUAAACCAAACAAACUAAUCAAUGAAUGAAUAAUUUGUUAAAUAAUAAUCAUUAAUGUUCACAAUGUAAAAAUGAAACCAAUGGUUGCUUCCAUUGGUAGGAUGUCUUAAAUGAUGAUGAUGAUGAUGAUGAUAUAUGCACACACACCCACAUGUAUAUACAAUGUAUGUGUAAUUUGUUUGUCAUAGGACUAGUUUAACCUACAAAGAGAUUUAAAUUGCAUAUUUCCAUAUACCAAAUUCUUUAAAAUACCAACAUUUAAAAGUAACAAAACAGUGACUUAUUAACAGUCAACAUUCCAUACCUAAUGUAUCUAUUGUAUCUAAACUUUAUUGACCUCCCAGGUAUCUUGUACUUCUAAAAUAUAUUAAAACCAUUUUUUUAUA